AAACACAAUUACUUUUAGGUCAAACGUUUUUGUUUUCUCGUGAUUGUUUUGUCGCUAACUUUAAGCUAAUACAUGCUUGUUUUAGCUAACGUACUGGUUCUGGCUACCCUGCUAGCAGGUCUGGUGAUGGCUAUAUUUAGAUUUUAGGAGAGACCCUUUGACAGUAUAUUGUGUGAACUCAAAACAUAUUAGAUACUUUCCAGGUUUAGCAAUAUUUCUGCUCUCCCGCUGAAGUUGUUUUGAGUGAAGCUACGGAGAUUAAAGCCACACAUAAAAUGAGUAAAGCAAAGAAGAGGAAGCUGGCACAUUUGCUCAAAAGAGCCGAGCAGAAGCAGGGAGGUGAUGAGAGAAGAGCAGAGCGGGAGAAGGUUGGAGGGCAGUUGGAGGAGGAGCGAGGACCGAAGCAGCUUGGGAAGGAGAGGGAAGCAGCAAGAAGUAGAGCCGAGAUGGUCCGCGAGGAGCUGACGGUCCGUCUCAACGACGAGGAGUACAAGAACUGGCUGAAAGCGGGACGCUGCCUGCUCAUCCUGAAGGAUGGCCUCCUGCCGUUCACCGACGGCCAGAUGAGAGCUUUCCACGGAGAUCUGCUCAACCAGCACAGCCUUCUGCGGAGACCAUGCGAGACCUCUACGUGCAAACCCAGAGGGAACAAGCUUGUCCCGGCGUGCAGGGCGUGUUCAGAGUGGCAGAAAGUGAUCCUGAGACACCACAGGCAGCCUGACGUCACCAUCCACUGGACAAACUGUUUCCCCCCUGAUUGGAGGACAGACCACUGGGAGCUGGCCAAGGCGUACAUGCCGCGAGGUCAGGCGAAGGCGAAGGGGGCCAAUCAGUGCGACGCGGCGGCUCUCCUCAACCUGAUCAACUACUGCAAAUGGUUCAGCGGUGUGGAUCCCAAGCUGGUGAGGCAGGUGAUUCAGUGCAGGAACGAACUGAUGCACUCCUGUGAGUUUCGGGUGAAGGACGACUGGAUGAGGCGCUACAGGAGCGCCCUGAAACACUUUGUGCAGCAGCUGAGCAGCGUGGCCCACAUGACAGCCGUUGGGAAACAAAUCGAAGACAUGCUGACCGUUGAUCUUUCUAUAUGUGUGUCCGGUGUCGACCGGCUGGACUCUGCUGGCCAUCCUGAUUCUGUCAGCGAGCAGGAGGCCAGCGCUGAGUCGGUCAGCCAAUGGGAAGCCGAGCUGCUGCAGGAGGUGCUGCAGGAGUGUCUGCAUGCUGCUGAUGAGGAAGACGAGGAUGCAACGACACACGACACAGAGCAGCUGAAGAGGCUGCAGGGCUUCCUCCAGGCCAACAAAGAUCUGGGUGAGAGGUUUUCCUCAGAGCUCCAAGCUAUCGACUGUCUGGGGAUCAAAGGAGAGGAGGAAGAUUGAAAGUGAAUGAAGAGUGUAUUAUUGUCUAGUAUUUUUUUUGUAAAUAUCUAAUAGAGGCCAUGGUAAGAAUUCUAGUUGAAAAACGACUGUAAAUAUUUUAUUGAUUGGACUGUAUACACUUAUUAAAAAGAAUGUGGGCUGAAAGGGCUAAAUGUAACACAAACCUUUGGGUAGUAGUGGAGUAAAAUAUUUCUAGC